AGGCUCUACAAUGUUGGAUAUUUGGUUAAGGAAAUCGCAUAAUCCGGGCCGAGUUUUUCCUUUCUGGAUUCAAUCGUAGUUUUGUGUGUGUUAUGUUUACAUCUUAUGAUUAUGCUGAAAAACCUUUAUCAUAAGACGUUUUAUACAGAUUGUCUUUAAAGAGUUGGUCUAAUUGAUUACGCUCUCCACGAGUAAUGAUGUCAUCUUAUUCAAAUUUUUUUUUCAAGCGAGUUUGAUCGUGUAGUGACUCUAGGCCGACGUGUCUUCCAAUUUUUUUUCACACCGAAGAGUAUGACAACACAAGUCUGUGCUUCAAUGAGCUCAUUAAAUCGACAAUCCACUUGAAAAUAUUAAUCGCAGUGUCACGGGGGCACUAUGCACUCGGCCAGUUUUUAAUCAUUGACUCGGUUUUCAAACAAGAACUAUCGUCUUGAUACGGCUUUGAUUUUAAACCAAUAUUUUGUUUAUUUGUUGUGGACAAACAAAUAGGUAGGUUAAGAGGGAUUACAUGGGCUCACGGACUAUAUUUUCCUCCAGGUAUUAUCUGAAAGGGAAAAUCAAUAACAAAACGGGAAGGAGGAGAGGAGGCGCUAAGACCCGUGCCAGGUAUAUAGUACAGCAACUGCCGGGGUUUAACGUGCACAUUUGCUAUAUAUGUAAUUGUAAAAAACAAUAAGGGAUGGGGACUUCCUAUCCUUUUGAUCAAUCCCCUCCGCUGUGUAUAUAUAGAUGUAAGAUGGUUAAUAUUAUACCAACAUGCCAAAGAAUCACAAUGUUAGGGGUGGGGUGGUGUUGUGUGUGGGUGUGUGUGUGUGUGUGUGUGUGUAAGGUGUUAGGUCCUCACAAGUUGAUGGCAGAAUUUCUCGCAGAAUUUCUCGACUUAAUCAUUGUUUUUAGCAGGUAUUUCUGCAUUUAUUAAUAAAUCAAAAUUACAAAUUUAUAACAAUGAUAUAAAAUCAAACAUACAUAAUGAUCAAGUUACAAAGGUGACAAUUGUAUAGUAGUUAAGUAGAUAUAGACAUAAUUCAUGUAAACAAUAGCAAAUAAAUUUAAAUGUAGAGGCCAGCUAUCGUAUAAGCUGAAAGCUUGAAAUAAUAGCAGCCAGGAAUAGCAGCCAUUUGAAUAUAACAUAUAAGUAUACAACGACCAAACGGCUCUUUAUUAUCAAUGCAACGAUGGUAUGGCACUAAAGUAAACCAUAUGAGUCAGAUAUGCACCGCAGCAAAUUAAUUUUACGGAGAGAAAAACGAAACAUAAUUAUGCAACGUACACAUUGUAAAACAUAAAAAUACUAUUUCGUAUAUAGGCCUAUAUACCGAUUGGUGAUUACCAUGUUCAUUCCGGAGAAAACCUGAGGAAUGGGUGGCAACCCCUACCCCACCCCCGUACUCCUGGAUUGGGAUCACUACCGGUGUAUGAUUCUCCCUGUAGACCCCGCUCCUAGUUUACACACAACACAAAGGACCUGGUACACAAAGGCCCAAACAAAUAAGGUAUAAGGAGUUCUGCAAACUCCAAUUCCUGGACAGCACGACAACAAAAUCAAUAGAAGGGACAGAAUGACAUCACCCCAUGUCGAGUCAUAUCAAGCAUAAUACCGCAGCCACACUAACGAAACAAAGACCACAUCAAACGUAACCCAUUGUAUUGUAAGGGUGAAUGAUCGACGGGAUAAUCGAUUAGACUGUGUAUAUAGGAUUUGCGGUGUGACUGCGGUGACUGGUCUUUAUUAGUCACGUCGAGACAUUCAUUGUUUUCCCGGUCAUUGUCUCAUUCGCUCACUGGAAAUACACAGCAUCGGACGGUGAAGUGAUCUAAAACUGGAUGAAGAAAGAUCGUUCGGAUUUCCUACAUGCAGGCAUACACCAGAUUUAUGAUAAUACUCUACAGUGUCGUGCUUUAGUAACUUGAUCGUGAUACCUUAAAGCGUAUACUGACUGGAAUAUAUAUAUAACAGGCGGUAAGCGAAGGAUGCAUGCAUCCAUCCCCGCCAUGGAGCGCUCAUAGUACAUUGUGAAGUCUACGCCAUUUUGUGAACCGAUAAAGGUUGACCCAUCAAUGAGGAAGGAAGACCAACCAAACUCUCAAGAUGUAUAGCUUCAAUUAUAUCCUACUCCUCGGUUCAAUAUUCCUUCUAAAUCUCGUUACUCUUUCAUACGGACAAACACCUGAUGAAGAGCAAGACGAUGGAGCCAAGACCAGGAAAAGACCCAUCCUCAGAAAAAUCAUCAUUUUAGUUGGUCUUGCGAUUGGUUUUGCUGCUUUGUGUUGGGCUUUACAUAAAGCCUACAAGGCUUGCCGUCGAUGGUCCCAAAAGAGACGUAGGAUGAUAGGACGCAAGGAAUUUGACGCCAUGAUGGCAGACCUAGAAAAACAGGAGAUAAACUUUAACACGUCAGAUAAAAAAGAUCAAACACAAGAGCCAUCAGAUAGAGCUAAUGGCAAAUAUAUACCUUUAAACAACGCCAUUCCGGAAGAAGAACCUCUGAUGACUUCUGAUGAUGAGGUAUCUCACGAGAGGGCGUCCCAACAUGUAACAGAAAGUGACUCUAAAGAGACAGAGAAAGGAGAAGCAUCGACGCCACUUUUGAGUGAUGUUCCAUUCGAUCCUUCAGGGACUCAAACACUAAAUUUGACUGAGCAAGUAUUUGGAGAAAAUGACCUUGAGCCCUCAACCUCAAGGCCACAAGAAGAAAGGGAAACACAAGCUUAGUGGAAAAGGCUGGAAAUGGUUGCCAAAAUUGUGAAAUCAACAGAAAAAUAGAAACAUUUCACGAUUUUCAUACCCGACCAGAUGCAUAUCGAUUGGUGUUAUAUUUGUUUUACUUUAUUCCAUCGUGCCACAUUGCUUCAGUACAAAUUAGAUCCCAGGAAGUAAUUCUUUCACUGGACAACUCUUGUUUACUAUUUGAUUGACUUAUAUUUUGGACAAUGUUAAGCUAACCAGAUUUUAGGAUGAGAACUUUGCCACACAAACUGACAUUAUCUUUAGUACCUUGAAACAGCGCUUCCAUUGGAAGGAAAUGACCUGUCUAAGAAAAAGCAAAGAAGUCAUGUGUGGAUGAUCAUAUAAAUCUAUGAUAUUUUCACAUUGUCAUUUGUAUAGAUAAUGUGACAAACUCAGUCCCUGUCCCUCCCCAUCAUAGUACUAUUUCAAGCCACAUUGUGUUUUACACUUCAUGAGAAACACUUAAUGCACUUAUUGGAAACGGUCCGAUCAUAAUUUUGACAACCAUCUCAGUUAUCUGAAUAUUGGGAUCGUCGCAAAAAGAAAGAAAACACGUGUGCGAGCUUCUGAUUGCUUCUGAUUGCUCUUUUGCAACUGACACCAUAUCUUUUAAUCCAAAUAUGUCUAUAAGAAGUACACUUGUAAAAAGAAAGUUUAAAAACAGUAUCAAAAUUUGAGAAAUAUAGGCUUAGCUGCUGUAAGAUGAUGUUCAGGCAUAUCCACAACUAUUCUUUAUUUUAAUCAUUCUCUUCUACAAAGUGUUGGACUGCAAUUAAAAUUGAUGCAUAUAGUGGUAGAAUUUUGCACACAUACAGCCUUAUCACACACACACACCCUCACACACACACAAAACAAACUAACAUAAUUAUACACGAUUACCGUUGUUAGGCCUGUAGCCAAAACUAAACCAGUAUUAUCUUGAAAAGUGGAAGUAAUCUAGUACUGGCUAAAAGUGGCCAUGCACUUACGUACGUCAUAAUGAGGAGGUGUUUAUGAUUCUAGUAAUUUCUCUAGAAAAAUUAUGUCCUAAGAAUAGUCCUUUGUUUGUGGUUAGUAAUGUCUUUUAAUGGAGGAGAAUAUUAAGUUGGUGAAUCGUCACUUGGUGUAAUCAUGCAAUCCAGUGCCCAGUUCACCUGAGCAGCCUGGUCUUUAAGCAUUCAAUCUAUAUUACCCCCCCCCCCCUUAAAUAAAAAAGUUCUGGUAACUUUGUAAUCCACUGGUAACAUCCUCCCUGGAAUCCUCGAUUUUCAUUGGCUGUUAAGUAUUAAUACCAGCAUGGUAGCACAUUAUCGUCUAUCUAUAGCAGUUUAGUUGAAGUUGCAAUGAGUAAUAGAGGCGAAAUUUUUAAAACUCUGUAGACGGGGUAAAAAAAAGACAAUUUGAUCACUGAAACCAAAUGGAUUGAAUACCAAGUGAUACCAAAACAGUGAUAAGUAUAAUUGUAUAAUAUAGACUAAAUGGUUUAUCGAUAAAAUAUUGUUGUAUAGACCAUGGAUGAACUGGUGUUGUACCAAAUAUUACGUUGUACGUUAUUAGGACAAUGGUCACAAUUAUGUUUCUCAUUUCAUUCAUAUUAUCGUCAUAAGUAAGAAAAGGCUAGAAAUUGCAAAAUCUUUUAUAUUUUGCGAGCAUUCCUUCUUUACUGGCAUAUAGAAUUGCUACUAUACCAAAUAUAAUAAUGUGAUCAUAAAAUGUUUGCUCAUGAUUCCUGUCAAAUGUUUUGUAUAUAUCAUCUCGUGUGCUUUUCAUCACCGUCAAAAGCAUUUUCUGAGUAAGUGUGAUUGUAUAUAAUGAUUGCCUAAUUAUCAUGCCAUAGAUUAAGUUGAUUACUAAGUAAUUUUAUAUUUGUAUAUUAUGUGGAAUGUUGAAGUGCAGAAUUUAUUGAAUUUGGAAAUAAAAUUGUCCGAUUUUUCAUUCCAUUGAA